AUGGAGAAACUUGGCAGAGAUGAUGAAUUGAUUGUGGACGAGUCUUCGUUGAAAUCCUUCUCUCUUCUUUGCCAAGGUAACUUCAGUUACGUCUGUCUCAUGAAGGACUCCAAAUCUCGACGUUGCGCAAAGAAGUCAUCGCCGAUGCAGCACAAACAGAUUCUCGAGAAGGAACUCCGGAUCAUGCAUCGUUUCCGUGACCAUCAUCGCAUCGUCCAAGCCUCAAACAAGUUUCACAUACAAAUCAAACCCUCUGAAUGCUACAUCUAUAUGGAGUACGCGUCCGAAGGUAAUCUCCAUAAGUUUAUAUCUGGUUUGGAAGGAAAAUCCGUACCAGAGUCUUUGGUCCAACGCACGGCUCGUAUGAUCCUAGAAGGACUUGAGGCUCUUCACUCCCAUGGUUACGUUCACUGCAAUCUCAGGCCAUCCAACGUUCUCCUCUUCCCGUCCAAGACUCCUGGAGAGCCGUGGGAUCUCAAGCUUGCUGAUUUCGGCUCAUCCAAGGAACCUGAUUCCGAUUAUGGUUGGAUGUACUUUGGUACGGCGCCUAAGUACAUGCCAAUAGAGUCUUUUGGGCCUAAGGGAGUGAUCAUCGAUCCGAGCCUUGAUAUAUAUGCUCUAGGGUGUGUGGUUUAUGAGAUGCUUGGAGCUAUACCUAUCCAGGACUACUUUGACGAAUAUUACGAAUGGAAUCUGCGUCGUCAUAUCUCUCCGGAGGCUAGAGAUUUCUUAAGCCGGUGCAGUAACAUGCAUCCACACAGGCCCACCGCGGCAUAUCUCUUGAACCAUCCUUUCAUUACUCAAAUACUUCCAUCGCCAACAACAGAAGACAACAAGGAGAUAUCUAGGUCGUUGAUUCCAAGUUUCUCGAAGCUUCUUUUGGCCUAA